AUGACAUUUAUGGAGAAUAAAUCUGAAGUGAAUAUAUUCAUCUUUGUGGGAUUAACAGAUGUCCCAGUGCUUCAGGUUCCUCUCUUUAUAAUGGUAACCCUGAUCUAUCUCAUCACCCUGGUAGGGAACCUGGGAAUAGUAACUCUGAUUUCCCAGGAUUCCUGCCUCCACACCCCAAUGUACUUUUUCCUCAGGAAUCUAUCUCUGGUGGAUUUUGGUCUUUCCUCAACUGUUAUUCCCAAGGUGAUGACUGGACUCCUUACAGGGGACAAGGUCAUCUCCUAUAAUGCGUGUGCUACCCAGUUGUUCUUCUUUGUGGCCUUUGCUAAUAUUGAAAGUUUACUUUUAGCCUUCAUGGCCUAUGAUCGCCAUGCAGCUGUGUGUAGACCCCUACAUUAUAGCAUUAUAAUGACUUCAAAAAUGUGUGUGUAUUUGACCAGUUGGGCUCAUAUCUGGGGUUUUCUGACCUCUUCCAUCUUCAUAGGAAGUAUUUUUAGUCUUUCCUUCUGCAGGUCCAAUGUAAUCCAUCACUUUUUCUGUGAUAUGCCUCCUCUCUUAGUUCUCUCUUGCUCUGAAAUUCACAUCACUGAAUCAAUAAUCUUCAUCUUUGGGUCAUUAAAUGCAUCCUUCACAUUUCUUGUCAUCUUUUUCUCUUACUUAUUCAUCUUCAUCACUGUCCUGAAGAUCCGUUCUGCUGAUGGGCGUCAGAAAGCUUUCUCUACCUGUGCUUCCCAUCUCACAGCAGUGUUCAUAUUUUAUGGGACAGCUACCUUCAUGUACUUCCGACCCAGCUCGAGUCAUUCAAUGGACUCAGACAAAAUGGUGUCAGUAUUCUACACCAUGGUUAUCCCUAUGUUGAAUCCUCUCAUCUAUAGUCUGAGAAACAAAGAAGUUAAGAAUGCUUUCAGAAAAGCUGUGAGGGGACAACAACUUCAAUUUGAUCAUCCUUUUAAUUAG